AUGGCCACGAGGUUUGGAGUGCUGCCCUGGUGGAAGACCAUCGCAACUCAGGACAUCGACACAAGCAGCCACCUUUGCCUUUCAAGUCGUGGUCUUUGGCAUCGCAACCAGCCCUUACCUUCUCCAACAGGUCCUUAUAGGGGGAUAAGGGAGAUGACAGGUGACAAUGCUCUCACGAAAUGUAGGCUACUCUCACUGUUGGUAUCCGACUUUGAUUCCCUUGGGGAUGAUGACAGUGAUAAUGAAGAUAAUAGCUUCAGGACUAGUGAAAUAAAGGAAAUUAUCCAGAUUCCACCAAAUGAUGCUGAAGAAACUGAUGAAGACUCUGAUGAUGAAAAUGAAGGAAAUCUGAAUCAUCUUACCUCUGCACAACUUUUGACUGAAUGUGAUGUUUAUGUAAAUGAUAGAAAUGGAAGUGAUAUUAGAGAUAACAGUGAUGAAUCAGAAAAGAUUAGUAAAUGUAAUAAACUGAAAGGAAAGAAGAGAAAUUGGAAGGAGAAUCCAAAUUUUAUUGGUUAUUCUGUGCAAGAAAUAGAUAUGCCAGAGACUGUAAAUUUUAAUGGUGAAUUAGAUUCACCUGUGAAAUGUUUUGAUGCUAUAUAUAAUUCUGAUAUAAUAAAUCUUCUUGUAGAAAUGUCGAACAAAUAUGCUAUGAAGAAAAAUCAUGUACUAAAUGUGACUCAAGAAGAAAUGAAGGUCUAUAUAUCUGUUCUACUAUUGACAGGGUAUCUGACUCCUAGGUACAUUAGAAUGUUUUGGGAAACUAAAUCAGAUGUUCACAAUGAACUUGUUGCAAGUAGUAUUAGGAGAGGCCGGUUCCUUGAAAUUCAUCAAUAUCUUCAUACUUGUGACAACUUAGAUCUGCAGGAACAUGACAAAUUUGGGAAAUUUAGGCAAUACUUUGACAUGUUGAAUGAAUCUUUCGGCAAGAAUUCAAAAUACCUGCUGACAAGUAAUAUCUCCAUUGAUGAAACUAUGGUCCCCUAUUAUGGGAAGCACAGUACAAAGCAGCACAUACAUGGCAAGCCAAUACGAUUUGUUUAUAAGCUCUGGUCAGCAUGCUCUCCAUCAGGUUAUCUGAUCCACUUCAUCCCUUACCAGGGGUCAAAGGCAAACCAGCUUCCCAUGCAAGACAGUAUGGGAUUGGGAGCUGCAGUUGUGCUGAACCUUCUUCAUAAGUUGCCGAAAGAUAUAGAUCACUACAGUUUGUACUUUGACAAUUUUCUCACAGGUUUGCCUCUUCUUGACAUUUUGUCAGAAAUGGGACAUGCAGGUACAGGAACUAACUAUUAG